UACAAGGUAGCGGCCAAUAUAAAAAGGAUAAACGUCCCUAAAUAUAAAUUAAACAAUAUAAUUAUAUUCAAUAUAAAAAACUAUACAAUUAGCCGGCUAGUGGCAAAGUUGUUACCAAGAUUCGAGGGCCCCUUUUAUGUUAUAAAGGUAAAUUCCUAUUCGUUAGAACUAUUACUACUAACGAAUAUAAAAGUUACUUAUAUAAUUAAUAUCUCGAGGGUUAAACCUUACAUAGAAGAUUUACUAGGAUAG